UAAAAAAAAUAGCAGUCUGUGUUCAUAACCUAUAUUUUUCCGAAUUAUGAAAUUUUUAAUUUCUUAGAAAAUGUAUCGUUGGAAAAUUCAUCGGUUUUAUUUAAAAAGAUUAUCCAGACAGUAUUCACAAGUAGCUUUACAAAAUGAAUACUCAGAGACACCAGAAUAUCCACCAAUUAUGGAUAAUUCCUUACAAGCCCGAAAAUCUCGAAAAAGGGAAUCUUUAUUUGAGAAAAUAAAAAAACUCGACACUGUGGAAGAAAAACAAAUAGCUCUAAAUAUGCCUCGCUAUUAUGGAUGGCAAUGCGUUAUGUUGCAUGAAGAUACAAUACCAUAUAACGCUAUGCCUAUGAUAAAAUGUUACACAAGGAGUCAUUUUAUUCCUGUCGAAAAUUUGCCUAAUGCGUAUGCCGAUACUGCUGUAGCUGCAGGAGAAAUCAGUAAAGAAGUCAAAACAUACAUUGAAGAUGCUAUAGUCAUGGAAACUGACGGUUUAGAACGAGACUUCAUUUUAUCUAAUGAGAAACCAAUAAAUGUUGUAAAAGAAGAUACAAUUGCUAGAUCUAUAGUGAAGCAAGUAAAUAGAAUUAUCUCAAAUCAUUUGGGCGAAAAAGUUCCACAUUUAUUAUCAGCACAGGUAGAUUAUGAUCCACGUCAUGAAGCCUUUUGGUUUGUGGGUGGUGUUGAUAUACCAACCAGUGUUUUUAAAUGGAGAAAGAAAUACUCUUGGUACAAAAAUAGACUGGAUGAAAAUGUUGACAGGCCAGUUCAAUACCUAGGUUCACCAUUUGUAGCAUUGCGAAGUCGUCUACCUCUAAAGCCCCUGAUUCCAUAUAGUGAAGCUGAAAAUCCAGACUUUAAAGUUCCAAAAUUUUCAUUUGGUCCACAAAAUGUUGGAUACUUUUCAAGAUUUAGAUAUGGAACAAACAUACCAGGUUUUUGGCCAGGUGAUUAUGAUGAAUUUGGUUUCUUAUCAUAUCAUGGCAGAGGUCACAUUCUAGCUCGUAACAAUUAUGGCCCUGAUGAUAAUAUAGAAGCCUUACAUUGCCAAGCAAUGAAAAGCAGCUUUGGAUGGUUGUUAGCACAAUCUAAUUAUCAGGGAUUCACAACUUAUAAUGACCUAACAUACCCAUUGAUCACACAGACUGUUAUAACUAAUGGCCAGCUGUGGUCUUUCUAUGCUUACCAACUUAAUACAGUGGUAAUGCAUAAUGAAAAUAUGGAUUUAAAUCCUAAACACAACAUUUGUUUUGGUACUAAACCAUUGAAACUGUAUGAAACUAUUGAAGAUGGUAAAGUCAAAGGUCUAAAUGAAGAGGUCUUGAAAAUGUUGAUUCAAUUUUACUUAAAUACACCUGAAGAGAGAGAACAUGAUUUGAAACCAUAUUUAGGUAAAGAAGAUCAAGUUGUUGCUGACAUAGUAGAUGACAACAAACGCUGUUGGCUUGAAGACACAUAUAAGCAUUUAGUCUCAAAUAGACCAAGACACUUUUUACCACCAGAGACUUAUCUCUGGGAAAAGAUUUACAAAAUCCAACAUAAUACAAGAUUCCAUGAGGCUAGAAGAAGGCCAUUUGAGCUUGACAUCAAUCCCUUCCAAAGGCGAUUGAAUGAACAUCUUCCUCCUUAUAUUCCUAAAGUUCUUAGACCAUAUCCAAGAAGCAAGAAGAAGUUUGAAACAACUUAUUACCCAGAUGUUUAAAGAUACAUUGUGCGUCAUUAAUUAUUGUAUGAUGGUUUUGUACAUGGUAAUUCAGCAUUUGCAUUUUUAUGUUUAAUAAAAUCAGC